AUCAUCUUCCAACUUGGUAUCAGAGCAUUUUUUUCGAUCCUCUGCCAUGGCUUCUUCUUCCAAAACCUCUUUUCACCCCGCUCUUGCGGUCACCUCCAUCAAAAAUUUAAUUCCCCUCAUCCUUGACACCGAAAAAGUCCAGUAUUCUUCUUGGGCGGAACUCUUUAAGAUUACCGCCCGUGCAUACGAUGUUUUGGAUCACAUAAUUCCUCCGAAGAAAACACCCACCACCACUUCCGCCGGCAAGGAUGAUGACACCGAUGACGAUUCCGACGAUGCCGCCGACUCCAUCGACCCUCUUCUCUGGGAUCGCUUGGACGCCGUUGUCCUCCAAUGGAUAUAUGGUACCAUCUCCUCAGAUCUCUUACUUACAAUUCUUGAACCGGACUCUACAGCCAUGGCAGCAUGGACCCGAUUGGCCAACAUCUUUCAGGAUAAUAAGCACGCUCGCGCCGUACAUCUUGAAGACGAAUUCUCUCAUGUCCGUUUGGCCAAUUUUGCCUCUAUUUCAGCCUACUGCCAGCAGCUCCGCACCAUUGCCACCAAUCUUGCCAACGUCGGUGCUCCGGUCGAGCAUAAUCGACUGAUUUUGCGACUGGUCAACGGGCUCACUGCACCAUUUGCCACGGUUGCUUCCAUGAUCCAGCAAACGGUCCCUCUUCCGACGUUCGAAAACGCCCGUUCCAUGCUUCUCCUGGAAGAAGGCCGGCAAGCACAUAGCGUUGAGCAUGAGUCACAGUCCGCCUCGGCCCCAACAGCUCUUGUUCACGCCGACAAUCCACCACCUCCACAGCCCGAUGUUCGUGGUUCUCGUGGUCGCUCCAACCCCCGUGGUGGCCGUGGCCGAUCCUCUUCCCGCGGCGGCCGGGGACGUGGUCGCACGGACCCUCAACCUCCUGCCGGUCAGUGGCCUUUUCCACCUCCACCAUGGGCUUAUUGGAUGCCUUCCAACUCUUGGAAUACCCCUCCAUGUCCGUACCCCACAACUGCAUGGCCUGGAGCACCUGGACCGUCUCAUGCACGUCCCAAUUCUAGUGCUGGAAUUUUGGGUCCGCGACCUGCACAAGCUCACUUCACUGCUCCUGCCACCCCGGGUUUUGUUCCUACCGAUUUACAUAACGCUAUGCAAACGAUGUCCAUAACCCCUCCGGAUGAUCAAUGGUAUAUGGACACAGGAGCUACUUCGCAUAUGACGGCAAAUCCAGGAUCUCAGUACGGGCACACAAAUCAUGAGAUGCAAUAGCUCAGGCCAUUUAUAUCCAGUUCUUCCCAGUCCAUCCCAUCGGCAACCAUGUGCACUCUUAUCAGCUGCAGUUUGGCAUAACCGCUUGGGCCACCCUGGGCUCCCUGUGUUUCGCAUUCUUA